AAUAAAAGGGUGGGGAGUUGUGUUUGUUCACUGAAAAUGGCGGCUCCCUUAACACUUGUGUUGAUUUUAGCAGUAACAAUAAGAGCUGUCUUAUUUCGGUCUAGUUUAGCAGCACUGAUUUCCGAAAGGGUUGAAGUUGUAUCUCCUCUAAAUUCGUGGAAAAGAGUUGUGGAGGGUCUUGCCUUGUUGGAUCUUGGGGUCUCGCCGUAUUCGGGGGAUGUAUUUCAUGAAACACCCCUUAUCAUAUACCUCUUUCAUUUUUUGGUGGACUAUGUAGAGAUUGUGUUUAUGAUAGCAGAUGGAAUCACAGCAGUGGCUCUCUAUCUGUCAGUGAAGAUCUACAACAAAAAUGAGUUCAGAAAACAGAAGUAUGCUUUGGAGGCAGACCGGUAUCCACAUGACUGCCUGGAGCUCAUGCGCUCACCCAAAGAGAUGUUCUACAUUCCUCUCAAAGUGGCUAUGUUUUACCUGUUGAAUCCCUUCAGUAUUCUAUCCUGUGUGGCAAAGUCUACCUGUGGUCUAAACAAUGCCAUUAUUGCAGUCUUCAUCCUCUGCACACUAAAAGGAAAUGCUUUGUUGAGUGCAAUAUUCUUGUCCUUGGCAACCUAUCAGAGCAUCUAUCCUCUCACAUUAUUUGCACCUGCCCUUCUUUUCCUGCUACAGAGGUUGUAUAUCCCAGUUAACCCAUGCAGGAGUAGUUUUUGGUUCUUCACCCUGCAGUACGCCUUCAUGUUUGUGGGAAGUCUGGUUGUCAUCGUCUGCCUCUCUUUCUUUUUACUUGGCUCUUGGGACUUUAUUCCUUCAGUCUACGGAUUCAUCCUCUCAGUACCAGAUCUUACUCCAAAUAUUGGCCUCUUCUGGUAUUUCUUUGCUGAGAUGUUUGAGCAUUUUCGUUUCUUCUUCAUCUGCGUCUUCCAGAUUAACAUAUUUUUGUACACCAUCCCUCUGUCUAUCAAACUCAAGGAUCAUCCAGUAUUUCUCAUCUUCAUGCAGAUUGCCAUCAUCUCCAUAUUUAAAUCAUACCCCACUGUGGGAGACAUAUCACUCUAUAUGGCUUUCCUACCUGCCUGGAGCCACCUUUACAGAUUCCUGAGGAACAUCUUCCUGGUUUCCUGCAUUUUGUUGGCUUGCUCAGUUCUCUUCCCUGUGCUUUGGCAUCUCUGGAUCUAUGCUGGCAGUGCCAACUCUAACUUCUACUAUGCCAUCACACUGCUGUUCAACAUUGGACAGAUUCUACUCAUGUCGGACUACUUCUACGCAUACUUGCGUCGGGAGCAUCACCUGAGCCUGGGGCUGUACCUGCAAAGAAAGGAUGGCAGUGAGGCCACACUUGUGUUAAAAUAACCUCUAAACUAGCAGCUUGAUUACCUCUUCUCUUCCUCCAUCCUUUUAUUAAAAACCUUUUUUCUUAUACGCUUGUAAACUUUCAUUUUCAAACUUUCUGUAUUUUAUUAAUCUGUAAAAUCCCCCCAUCUUUCACACCAUAACGAAUACCAAAAUUACAUCAUAUUACGAGUGAUCUACCAUUUUACGUUCAAUAGGUGUAGGUGACCCAGUGAGCCGGAAUACUUUCAAUUGUGUAAAACUUAUAUUCGUAGUGCAUGGUGUUGGGGUCCCUUUAAAUCCAUCAGUUAAACCAUGACAUCAGUUAAAGGGCUAUUUAUUCACACAACUUGCGCUUGAAUCACUCUAGCAGGUUCAGUGUAGUGGAAUUUAUUGCCACUAGUCAUAUGUCCCUCACCAUAGAUGGUAUCAUUAGGUGUAUCUAAACUUACCCAAAGUAAGAUUUCAACCUUCAUGCUCCAGCAUAAUAUGGGAAUGGUGAUCAUCCGGGUUUAGUUACUAACAAAACACACUAAUCUUCCUUUCUCCCAAGGUGUAAGAAAUUUAAACAAACUUACAUACUUAAGUGAGUAAUUCAAUGCCACCUCUUUAUUAUGUAUAUAUAAUUUAUAUUUGAAGCAAUAGCUCAUUUCUCCAGGAGCAGAUGCUAAGGCUGCCGCAGCAUCUCAGGAUUUUCCUCAAGAUAAAUCUACUAUGAUUAUCAGAACGUAUUGUUAUAAUUACCAUUAUGGGUUUUUUUUGUUUGUUUUUGUAUUUGUGUACUGUUUACCUUGGUAUGGGUGUUUUAAUGGAGAUUUUGAAUUAUGUGGAAUACUGUCGGAAUGUUUGUACGUUGAAAAUGAAAACAUACCAUGCAAAUAAAAAAAUUGCUAUUUGUUUA